AUGUUAGUAGUUAUCAAAUUAGCUACGUUACACUCGUCUUGCCAGGUUCCCAAAUUUCCCACAAUUCGCUAUGAUGCAUUCUGGAAAGAGCUUGAGUAUGUGAAGCAACUGUAUUCCCAUGGCUGUACACGUUUGGUUAAUUUGGAACUCAUAAGUUAUGGCAUCAAAGUUGAAUGUCUUACGUUUAAAGAUCCACCAACUAUAGAAAAAUGUCAACAUUUAUCAAAUCAGCUACUUUACACUCGUCUUGCCAGUAUUCCAAGUCGCUAUGAUGCAUUCUGGAAAGAGCUUGAAUAUGUGAAGCAACUGGUAAAGACUAGGCAUGAGUUUAAAACUGAAGAUAUGGGAAUUGCUGCUCUUUUUGGGUUGGAAUGUUUUGCUUGGUAUUGUGCUGGAGAAAUUGUGGGAAGAGGAUUUACUAUUACUGGUUACUAUGCUUAAAUCCAUUUCCUGUAAUCAAGGUUAGGUUUUUUGCCUAUGCUUUGCUUUUUCAAGAUAUAAUAAGAUAGUCUACUUAAAUAUACAUUUUUUCAUAUGUUAUGUGACAACUUAGGGGCCAUAAUCAC